GACUAUAGUGGGAACAAAUAUUAAACCAACACAAAUCUGAUUUUCUUUUUCGGUUUUGUUUUUAUAUCGUCUUCUUCGGAAAUUAGAAAGGAGAAAUCUGAAUUUUCUGAUUGCCGGCGAUGGAAGGGAGAGAUGACGGCGGAGGGAAAGUUAUUGGGUUGAUAGAGAAAGCGACGAAAUCAACUGCUCAAGAGGUUGACCCGAGGCUGCUUAAGGCGAUCAAAUCAAUUGUUCGUUAUUCUGAUUCGGAGGUCCGACUUAGUGCGCAAACCCUAAUGGAGCUCAUGAGACAUAACCACUCUCAGGUUCGAUAUCUGACGCUGUUCAUAAUCGACGAGCUUUUCAUGAGAUCAAAGCUCUUUAGAACUUUGAUAAUUGAGAAUCUUGAUCAGCUUUUGAGUUUAAGUGUUGGCUUUAGAAGCAAUCUACCUCUUCCUGCACCACCUCCUGUUGCCACUAUGUUACGUUCAAAGGCUAUUGAGUUCUUGGAGAAGUGGAAUUUGUCUUUUGGGUUACAUUACAAGGAGCUUAGGCUUGGGUUUGAUUACCUUAAGAAUACCCUCAAGUUAAAGUUCCCUGAUUUACAAGCUAAUGCUGCACGGAUUCAACGAGAGAGACAGGAGAGGGAGAUGAAGACAAAAGAGAUUUUACGGAACAAGUUUGAUUCCUUGAGGGAUAGUUUUGGACUCUUCAAGUAUGAGAUUGAGGUAACUAUAAAGGAAAUCAAGGAGUGUAUGGAAAUUGUUCAAUGGAGAGGGGAUGAUGGUGUUCCACUUGCGAUAUUAGAUGAGGAAGAUUUUGAGGAGAUCCGUUGUUCUCAUCUGAGGCAAAUUCGUCUUGAUUCACUCAAACAAUCAGAAAAGGUUGAAGAAACUAGUGAAAACAGAGUUGUAUUUGAUGUAUUGAGGGAACAGUGCAAGCUUCUAGUGACAAAGCAUCUGAUCUCUGUUCAAGAAGGGAUCUCUCUUCUCAUCAGGGUUGACGUAAGUGAUAAUAGAACGAGAGAUUCCAUGUUGAAAGACUUAAUCGAUAUCAGGAAUAACAUAUUGGCUGCUAAAAAGAAAUGGGAAGAAGCUGGUUUUACAAUUUCAGUGAUGACUGGUACUCACGAGAAUGAAGAAACAAACGAGGAAGAAGAAGAUAUCUGGGAGGAGGAUGAUGGUAAGGUUGAAACUGAUUCAGUCAAGAACGUGGCUCCUGUGACAAGAACUCAGCAGAGUGAGAAUUCGUCUUUACCAUCAUCAAGUGAAGCAAAGAAGUCUACAUCAGAAUCUAGGUCCAAUAAAGCGUCAAUCACUAAAAAAGUUGGAAGCAGUGGGGGCUCUCUUAGGGACAAGCUAAUUUCUGAAGCGCCUGUGAUGAAUUGGGGAUCACAGUUGAGUAAUUGGGACUCCACUACGGAAGUUCGAGCUAAUUAUCGGGGGUUAGAGCUCGAGAGCCACUGGGGUAGGGUGGAUCAAGAUGCUGUAAUUCCGGCAGAGAAAAUAGCAGAAUUGAAUCUUCAGGCAACUGUUUAUAGAGAAGAGAGAACAGAGACACCUCCAUGCCGUGCUCCUCUAAAGAAAGGUGGUCUUUGCCAGAGAAGAGAUCUCAGAGUCUGUCCGUUUCACGGACCCAUUGUACCUCGGGAUGAUGAAGGAAACACCAUAGUCCAGGAAUCUCCUUUAGAUGAGAGUGAAAACCAAACUUCUUCAACUACAGGGAUCAACCAGGAUGUGCCUAUGGAUGAAACAACUUCAGAUUCUGAUCCUAAUCAGUUAGCUAGGCAAAUAGCGAAACAGGCUCUGAAGAAUAUCCGGGAGAAAGACAAAGAAGUGAUGAGGAAAAGAGCAAAGCUUGUUAAGGUUAAGGUUAAGGAACACAAUCAAGAAGUUCUGCGUGAUGCUGCUAUAGCCUCAACUUCUAGAUCAAAUGUUAUCGAUGAAGAGUUUGAUAGAGUUUUUGCUGCAAGGAAAAACAAGAAACAAACCUUUUCCUCGAUGCGGCGAAAGAAAACAACGGCUAAAGAUAGAAUAUCCCAAAGACUGCUUAGUAAUCGUGUAAAAAGUACUAAUCCGCAGCAGUUGGCUCAGGGCAAUGAUGAAAAGUGCCGGGAAACAUCGGCUAACCAGUGCAUGGACUGUACAUCAACCAUGGAUGUGACUGAUGAUGAAGAGAUCCACCAAGAUCGCCAUUCCUACGCUUCUGUUUCCAAGCAUCAUACCAAUCACACCAACCUGAAUGCUGCUGCUUCUGGGCUUCUCCCGACCACAACCAGUGUUCAUGAGCUUCUCGAAUGUCCUGUCUGCACCAAUUCUAUGUACCCUCCCAUUCAUCAGUGUCACAAUGGACAUACGCUGUGUUCAACCUGUAAAAACAGGGUUCACAACCGCUGCCCAACUUGUAGACAAGAGCUCGGUGAUAUCCGUUGUUUGGCACUGGAAAAAGUAGCCGAAUCACUUGAACUACCGUGUAAACACAUGUCACUUGGAUGUCCUGAAAUCUUCCCUUAUUACAGUAAGCUCAAACAUGAGACUGUAUGUAACUUCAGGCCUUAUAACUGUCCGUAUGCUGGAUCCGAGUGUUCUGUUACUGGCGAUAUCCCUUUCUUAGUUGCUCAUCUGAGGGAUGAUCAUAAGGUGGAUAUGCAUUCUGGGUGUACUUUCAACCAUCGUUAUGUCAAGUCUAAUCCUCGUGAAGUCGAAAACGCCACAUGGAUGUUAACUGUCUUUCAUUGCUUCGGACAAUACUUCUGUCUUCACUUUGAGGCAUUCCAGCUCGGAAUGGCUCCAGUCUACAUGGCGUUCCUGCGUUUCAUGGGGGACGAGACAGAAGCGCGGAACUACAAUUACAGUUUAGAAGUGGGAGGUUAUGGGCGGAAGCUGAUAUGGGAAGGAACACCGAGAAGCGUAAGAGACAGCCACAGGAAAGUUAGAGACAGUCAUGAUGGACUAAUUAUACAAAGAAACAUGGCUCUCUUCUUCUCAGGUGGGGAUAGGAAAGAGCUGAAACUGCGAGUCACUGGAAGGAUCUGGAAAGAGCAACAACAAAGUGGUGAAGGUGGAGGAGCUUGUAUCCCAAACUUGUCUUGAAAAUGGAAAAGAAAUCAAAUUGAUUUUUGAAAACCUCCCCGACUUGUCUCUGUCUCUGUUAACCAUGGUUCUUGGUAGUGAUAUAUCUGUAAUUAGGGUUUUCUCUGACGAUAAACUUGGGUUGUUCUU